UCAGCCUGGAGCUUGUGAAGGGACCUGGCUCCAGAGGACACUGAGACCUAAUUAUGUGAGCACCCACCAUGAACCGAAAGAAGCUACAGAAGUUGACAGACACCUUAACUAAAAGUUGCAAGCAUUUUAAUAAAUUUGAAGUGAACUGUCUUAUUACGCUUUUCUAUAACUUGGUGGGUGAUGUAGCAGAAAGACCAGGGGUAGUCAUUGGACUAGAUCGUAAUGCAUUUCGGAACAUCCUGCAUGUGACAUUUGGAAUGACAGAUGACAUGAUUAUGGACAGAGUAUUUCGAGGUUUUGAUAAAGACAAUGAUGGCUGUGUAAAUGUAUCAGAAUGGAUUCAUGGAUUAUCACUGUUUCUUCGAGGGACUUUAGAAGAAAAAAUGAAAUAUUGUUUUGAAGUGUUUGAUCUGAAUGGUGAUGGCUUCAUUUCAAAGGAAGAGAUGUUCUACAUGCUGAAGAGCAGUCUUCUCAAGCAGCCCUCUGAGGAGGACCCUGAUGAAGGAAUUAAAGAUUUGGUUGAAAUUAUACUUAAGAAAAUGGACCAAGACCAUGAUGGGAAGUUGUCCUUUGCAGACUAUGAGAACGCUGUGAGAGAAGAGACCCUUCUACUGGAAGCCUUUGGGCCAUGCCUGCCUGAUCCAAAGUGCUUGCAGAUACCAGACGGAAGACUCUGGAGAGGGGCCUGACCCCAAGUAGCCAGAGCCAGAGACACUGGAGUACAGACCUUCUCAAAUACUACAGGUUCUGGAGGGAUGAAAGAGCUUUAAGUAAGUGAGCUACAGUAAUUACGUUGCUUUAAUGGGGCAAUACCUGCUUUUGUUGUGCUAUGGUGCAAAGACCUAAUUAUUCAAACACAGCCAUUAAUUCCCACACAGCAAAGAUGACGGCAGAUGUUAUAAAGAUACCAUCUCUUGGCCAUUUGCCCACCAGGCCCAGCUUCUAAGACUCUUCAAAUACAAAUUCAGCUCUUCCAGAAAUGUCUACCACAUUUCCUAGGACACCAGAGCCCAGAAGUGGCCAGCAACAUCUGGCAGAAAGGAGAAUAGAAGUGGCAGGGAAUGUCCUUUCUUCCACAGCCUCCUAGUGAACCGGAGGCAGCUGGGCUAGUUUGAAUGGAAUGACCUUGACUAUCUGGGGCCUACUGUGUCCUGCUCAGUUUUUCACAUAGCCAAGCAACUUCCACCAGGGCACAGGAACUCGUUUCACACAUCUUUACACAAAGAUGAAAACAAAAUAUUCAUAUUAUCAGAGGACAAAAUGUACUCAGAACUCAGAAACCUGUCCAACUUCCUGCUGCCACCACCAGGAGGGGAAAAGAGUGACUGGAUGAAUUGUAGGUACACUAUUGCUUAAACUUGAGCACUCAAAAGCAGGCACCAGCCUGCCUGCAUUUUUCCUAUCCCAGCCCUUCAGUGAGUAACUGUUAGGAAAACACAAAGGGCUUUUAAAAGUUCAAAGAAUUUUUUAAGUGGCUGCAUCAUUAUUACCACCAAAUUUCUCAAUACUUUGACUUCUAUAAACUAAAACAAAUAAAUAAAUUUAUGUUGAGAGGAGACCAAGGGGGUUUCUCUGCACCAACCAUAACAACAAAAUUUCCUAGAAGUGGGGUCCCUCAAAGCUUUCUCAUUUUCUCCUGUGUGUGCAAACACACACAUAUGUAUACACACACACAUUCACACACAUUCACCCACACAUAUGUACACUCAUACUUUCUCUUUCACACACACACACAUCUACACAUAUGCACACUCACACACAUACACUUACAUACUUAUACACUCUCACACACACACUCAGACUUUCUCCCUCUCUCUCUCUCACACACAUGUACUCACAUACAUGUACACUCACACUCAUACAUUCUCACACACACAUACACUCACACUUUCUCUCACACACACAUACUCACACUCACACUUUUUAUCUCUUAUACACACACACACACACACACACACACACACACACACACACACACACUGUCUCUGUAAUGUGCAUCCUGCCUAGAAGCUGGAGAACUGAAAGAAUAGCAGGAAAGUCUCUGGAGAUGCUUCUCUUAACAAAGCUUUUGUCCAAAGUCUUGGGUUGGAUUUCCAGCUGGCUUCUUCCAUAUUCACUAAUAAUAGGAAGAGUGUCUAUUUGUCUGAAAAAAAUGCAGGCUGAAGUUCUAGCUGUAAAAAGAAAAGCACAAAAAGGCUGCAAAUGCCUCUCAGUGGUAAAAUACUUUCAUAAUAAAUAUUCUGAGUUUGAUCACCAGCACUGAAGGAAGGAAGCCUGGAGGGAGGGAUUGGAAAACAGAUCACUUAUAAUAAUAAGUCAUAUCUUGUCCUGGAAUCAAGAAUUUGGCAUGGACAAUAUCAUGUUAUACUGAGCAGAGAGAGACUUAUACACUCCAAAUGGAAGGAAGCAGCACAGCCCUCCACAUGGCACUGGCAGUUCCUGCUGGUGAGGAAUGCCCAGCUCAGUGUUAUCAUUGUUGGGAUAUCAAAUCAAGACUGCAAGAAUGAAAGAUGAAUGCUUGCUUCUUAGGAGAACUUGAGCUCCAGGAAAACUGCAGCGGUCAAGAGAGCUUUCCAAGUAUGUCAGUUCUAAAAUAGCGCACAGUAAAAUUGACUAAUGAAUUAAAUUUAACUAAAAAUAGUCAGAAUGGUAGCAAUGAAAAAUAGCAAGAACUAAGAACAGGAACAAUUCCCCAUGUCUGACAAAGACCUGAAAUAGCACCUAAAUUCUUCGUAAUUGUUCUUAGAGUUCAGGCCAGGGAGGGGAUGAAGCCCUUUACAAAUCAAAGGCUGGUUCUAUAUGCAGGUAACAGGGAGCUCCAUAGUUCUCAGGCCUUGAAGCCAGGGAGCCUCUUGGAGCAGGACUGAAAGGAUAUAGAGCCAGGGUCCUUUCUUCCCAGACUACAGAAAAGGGCUGAGGCAGAGGA